CCGGGUGGCGGGCGACAGCGGCCGGAGGACGCCCCGGCUGCGGGAGGCGGGGAGGUGGCUCCGUAGCGCCCAGGCAAGUAAACCAAAGAAAACGGCUUUUUGUCCAUCGCUUCUGCUCUCGUUUGGAAUUUGAUUUGCAUCAUCUCGGAGCCCAUUAAAGGAAAAAAAAAAAAGCAAAGGCUGAACCAAACCCACACAAAACAUGUUGUGCGGAAGGACUUCCACUCCCUGGAUGUGCUAUUAGCGUUAGCAAUCAGGAAGAGCUGUUGGGGGCUGCAGGAUCUCGCUAGUCUGAUGCUGCUGCUAAAGGUUUUGGUGCAGAGAGACAAAACUGCUGCUUCUUCCAUCCCCUAAUCUGCAAACAUCUGCAUUUUGCUGCUGCUGUGCUCCGUCUCACAUCCUCUCUCCAUGGACUGAUUUUAUUUUUUUUCCCUUUUUUGGGGGGAAAGCACAGACGGAAAAUCAAGACAUCGCAUUGAGAGAAGCGACAUUGUAUUUCUGUCUUGUGAUCUGGUGGAUCUGAUUUGAGGUUAAUCUUUUUGGAAAAGAAAACAUGACGUCGCCAGCAAAAUUCAAAAAGGAUAAGGAGAUAAUAGCUGAAUAUGACACUCAAGUUAAAGAGAUCCGUGCCCAAUUGGUAGAGCAGCUGAAGUGCCUUGACCAACAGUGCGAGCUUCGGGUCCAGUUGCUGCAGGACUUGCAGGAUUUCUUCCGCAAGAAGGCAGAGAUUGAGAUGGAUUACUCAAGGAAUUUGGAGAAGUUGGCUGAGAGAUUCCUGGCUAAAACUAGGAGCACCAAAGACCAGCAAUUCAAGAAGGAUCAGAAUGUGUUAUCACCAGUCAAUUGCUGGAAUCUCCUGCUAAAUCAAGUGAAGCGGGAGAGCAGGGAUCACACCACUCUAAGUGACAUCUAUCUCAACAACAUCAUCCCACGCUUCGUCCAGGUCAGCGAAGAUUCGGGGCGCCUGUUCAAGAAGAGCAAGGAAGUGGGAUUGCAGCUUCAGGAAGACUUGAUGAAGGUCCUGAAUGAACUGUACACGGUUAUGAAAACCUACCAUAUGUACAAUGCUGACAGCAUCAGUGCUCAGAGCAAACUGAAAGAGGCAGAGAAGCAGGAAGAAAAGCAGAUUGGGAAGUCGGUGAAGCAAGAGGACAAGCAGACACCACGCUCCCCUGACUCAACUUCUAACGUCAAGUUUGAAGAAAAACACGUUCGAAGAAGCUCUGUCAAAAAAAUAGAGAAAAUGAAAGAGAAGCGCCAAGCAAAGUACACAGAAAAUAGACUGAAGGCUAUUAAGGCAAGAAACGAGUAUCUACUAGCUCUGGAAGCCACCAAUGCAUCUGUAUUCAAGUAUUACAUUCAUGACCUGUCUGAUCUCAUUGAUCAGUGUUGUGACCUGGGAUACCACGCUAGCCUCAACAGAGCUCUCAGGACAUUCUUGUCUGCUGAGCUAAACCUGGAGCAGUCAAAGCAUGAGGGUCUGGAUGCCAUUGAAAAUGCUGUUGAGAACCUGGAUGCCAACAGUGAUAAGCAGCGCCUGAUGGAGAUGUACAACAAUGUCUUCUGCCCACCUAUGAAGUUCGAAUUUCAGCCACACAUGGGUGAUAUGGAGUCACAGUUAUGUGCCCAACAACCAGUCCAGAGUGAGUUAGUGCAGAGAUGCCAGCAAUUGCAGUCCAGAUUAUCUACGCUUAAGAUUGAAAAUGAAGAGGUUAAAAAGACUAUGGAAGCUACACUCCAGACAAUCCAGGAUAUAGUCACAAUAGAGGACUUUGAUGUCUCUGACUGCUUCCAAUACAGCAACUCUAUGGAGUCUGUGAAAUCCACCGUCUCGGAAACGUUCAUGAGCAAACCAAGCAUUGCCAAAAGACGAGCCAACCAGCAGGAGACAGAGCAGUUCUAUUUCACGAAAAUGAAGGAGUAUCUGGAAGGCAGGAACCUGAUAACAAAGCUUCAAGCCAAACACGACCUUCUUCAGAAGACCCUGGGAGAAAGUCAGCGGACUGACUGCUCUCUUGCCAGCGGCAGGCGCAGCUCCACCAUAAGAAAGCAGGAUUCCUCACAAGCCAUUCCCCUGGUCGUGGAGAGCUGCAUACGAUUCAUUAGCAGACAUGGUUUGCAGCAUGAAGGAAUAUUCAGAGUGUCUGGUUCGCAAGUUGAAGUGAAUGACAUAAAAAAUGCGUUUGAGAGAGGGGAGGAUCCGUUGGCUGGGGACCAGAAUGACCAUGACAUGGAUUCAAUAGCAGGAGUUUUGAAGCUCUAUUUUCGAGGACUGGAGCACCCUCUCUUCCCGAAGGAUAUCUUUCACGAUCUAAUUGCUUGUGUCACAAUGGAUAAUUUGCAAGAGAGAGCGCUCCAUAUCCGGAAGGUGCUGCUGAACCUGCCGAAGACCACUCUGAUUGUAAUGAGAUACCUCUUUGCAUUCCUCAAUCAUUUAUCUCAGUUCAGUGAAGAGAACAUGAUGGAUCCGUAUAAUUUAGCCAUCUGCUUUGGGCCAACACUGAUGUCUGUGCCUGAAGGUCAUGAUCAAGUCUCCUGCCAAGCUCAUGUCAAUGAGCUGAUUAAAACCAUCAUCAUCCAACACGAGAACAUCUUCCCAGGACCAAGGGAGCUGGAGGGUCCAGUCUAUAGUAGAGGGGGAAACACUGAGGAUUACUGCGAAAGCCCUCAUGGAGAGAGAGCCUCAGCAGAAGACUCGGUUCAGGAUGUCACAGCUGAACACCACACCAGUGAUGAUGAGUGUGAGCCCAUAGAAGCGAUAGCGAAGUUCGACUACAUUGGCAGGACUGCACGAGAGCUGUCCUUUAAGAAAGGAGCUUCUCUCUUACUCUAUCAGCGGGCCUCAGAUGACUGGUGGGAGGGACGCCACAAUGGAAUUGACGGCCUUAUUCCUCAUCAGUAUAUCGUCGUUCAAGACACUGAGGAUGGUGUCUCUGAAAGAUCCAGUCCGAAGUCUGAAAUAGAAGUAAAUUCUGAGCCACCAGAAGAGAAAGUGACCGCUAGAGCUGGUGCCAGCUGCCCAAGUGGGGGGCACGUCGCAGAUAUUUAUCUUGCAAACAUCAACAAGCAAAGAAAGAAAACAGAGUCAGGCAGCAUCAGAAGAGCCUUCCGUCAAAGUGACAGCCAUGGACUAGGUAGUUCAAUGGCAGAACCCGCCUCCCCAGGAGCCAUAGCCAGUUCCAGACCCUCAUCUCAGCCCAUUAUGAGCCAAAGUCUUCCCAAGGAGGUUCCAGAUAAAUGCUCCAUCAGUGGCCAUGGCAGCCUCAAUUCCAUCAGCCGACACUCAUCCUUGAAGAACAGGAUAGAGAGCCCACAAAUCCGGAAAACUGUGACAGCAGGGAGGUCCAAGAGCUUCAACAACCAUCGGCCGAUGGACCCUGAAGUAAUUGCACAGGAUAUUGAAGCUACUAUGAACUCUGCUCUGAAUGAGCUGCGGGAGCUGGAGAGGCAAAGCAGUGUCAAGCACACGCCAGAUGUUGUCCUCGACACCCUGGAGCCUUUGAAAACGUCGCCAGUGGUGGCCCCCACCUCAGAACCCUCCAGCCCCCUGCACACUCAGCUCCUCAAGGACACUGAGCCCGCCUUCCAGCGCAGCGCCAGCACGGCCGGCGACAUUCCCUGCACCUUCCGGCCCGUGAAGUCAGUCAAAAUGGCCACGCAGGUGAAGCCUCCGGCCACUCGGCCCAAGCCCACAGUUUUCCCCAAAACAAAUGCCACAAGCCCAGGCGUUGCCUCCUCUGCCCCUCAGCAGCCUACUGACAAGUCCUGUACUGUCUGAUAAACGUGAUGCUGCUCUGUGGAUAUAACUCUGUUCCUUCAGACGAGGAGACUCAGUUAAAGACAGAACAGUUCCUAUUUAACUGAUUGGUUUUGAGCUUGUACUGAAGGUUAGCGAUGAACUGCUGCUUGCUGCUGGGAGCACUUCCUGGGAGUAAACUGAGUGGUAACAGCCUCUUCCCAUGUACCUGCAUCAGUGGUGGUUGUAAGGCAAAACAGUUGACACUGAGUAGAUUCAGUAUUGGGUCUCUGCGAAGCUGAGGAGGAAAACACACAAAGAGCGCUGAGUUGGAUCUUGGUUUCUAGUCAAUACCUUCUUCAAGUGUUUGGCCACCAGAAGAAGUAUUUAGUGGCAUCAUGUUUUGAAUACUGGUGUAGUGACUUCUGUGUUUCAUUUAUCACAGGGAAACAAUAGGAUAGAUUUUAGUCUAUUGCAUGUUUUGGUGCCACUGGUUACGUGGAGCUUGGACAUGCCUGGUUCUUGUGCAUUGUUAUUAUAAUCCUCUCAUCGCCCGCUGGUGCCACAGUGGUUAAGGGUCUGUCUCAACUUCCAUCACAUCCUCUGGUCUGGUUUGUUUGCUCCCCUCUUCCUGCCUCCAGGACCAAAGCUCUUGGCUAUCCAGCCUCAUCCUUUAGUCGACACUUGUCAUGAAAAAUAGUUUACUCUGGAACACUCUUAGAUUUUGUGGAGUUAAACGUAAUGUGUCUGUGCAAAUAUAAACAAACAUGUUCCUGAGGUUUAGGAGCAUAAGAAAGAGCCCAGUUGUUGCUUAUGGACAAUCUAGCUGUUUUCCCCUCUUUGCUCUCCCCUGUUUAAAAACAGCUUUAUUGUUUUUUAGUGUACUUUUCAGGCCAUAGGCUAUGAUGUGAUGUGUGGUCUCAGGAGACUGAAUGUAAAAACAAGCUGACGUUUGAGAGCUAAACGUCCUCUGAUGGGAGUUCAUUUACUAACGCACAUGUUCUUGUUUCGAUCACGCAUCAGGAUGGAUCCUUACCAAAAUCCUAGUUACAAGCACUGUAAAAACUGCAAUCGGAAGUUCUCAAGCUUUGUAUCUUCUGCUUCUUUCUGGCUGGUGGCCGUGAGUGCUGGGAGCUGCUGGAGAGGUCUCUGCUCUCAUAGAGCAGUGUGGGAGUCGCUGCUGGGCACGGGGAGGUGCCAGCGUGCAGCUUCUGGAGUGGUAACUGCCCUGCCUCCCUAGGACCCUGCAGACACCUGAAGGAAUUCCCAGUGUUUGACCUGGUAGGCAGGGGCUGCUCCAGCCACUCACAGGCUGCAUGAACUCUUUUGUACUCUACUGAGAAUUUUCCACAACGCUAAUGUUUAUUUAAUUGCAAAAAAAACCAACAAGGCACGUGCCACUUGGAAUGGUGAAGGAGAUCUCACAGUCCUGCAAGAGAGGAGACUCUGGCUUGACCCUCAGUUCACCUUAUUCCAAAAUUCUUCGGGAUUUAAACAACAAAAAUAAAGGUGCACAUCUUACAUUUGCAUCAAAUUCAGGCAAGGACAAGAUAAGAAAGGUCAUUUUUCUCUCCCAUUUAGCUGUUUAUUUUAAAUUCAUGUGUUUCUCACACUUAGCUUCCUUGUGACUGCAUUGUCAUUCUAAUUGGCACUUGGUAAUUAACAAAGAAGAAACAGCUCUUGCAUUUCUCAGAGCAGUUUCUGAACUGUGCUUUUCUGAUUCAUUUAGGAUGUUGCUGGGAGAGAUGAGCAGGGUUUUCCCCCUCCCCAUACGCACACCCCUGUCUCUACAGAAGUAAUAUCUCCAUAUAAUGAUGAUUUUUUAAAACGCCAACUUUCUCUGUGCCCUAAAUUAAGAACAUAUGAAAACUGGGGAAGGCCAGUAAGAUUUCAGUGCAAACACUUACUCCUUUCUCCUCGGCUGCCACGUAGCAGCAGUUCCCCGUGGAUGUGUGUGACCCUUGCUGGACCUUCCCCUGUUCCUCUCGCAGGGGAAGAUCCCCGACAGUGCGACCAGCGACCUUUGCUCUCAGGUUCUGAUGGACUUCUACCACCAAGGAAUCACUUGUUCUUUUGGGGAAAAGUAGAAUUUGACUUGUAAUUUUUUGCUCAGGCAGAAACUUUCUUGCAUUUACUUUGAAGUAGGGAGUUUUUCAGGUUUCUUUUCUUCUUGGUCGUGAGCGACCAAAGUUAAUCUGUGUCAAGAGCAGGAUCUCUGUAGAUUUACUUCGACUCAUUUGUAAUGCCUUAUUUUCUUUAUAUUUUUAUGCCUAGCAUUCAUGUUUCUAAGAAUAAGUGUCCAGCUGCACACAGCACAUUUGGAGGAGAUGCUCUUUUCUAUCUUUGAGGUCUGAAGUGUGAAUGGAAAAUACGAGAUUAAAAAACAAAAAGACUCCAGGUUACUGUAACAGCAACUGUCUGUAUAUGAAUUCCUGUGCUUAUCUCUAGCAUCCACAGCUCUGGGACAAUCCUGCUGUCAAGGGGAAUCUGCUUAGCAGGAUAACCUCUGUCUUGAGCAACUCAACUGGAAUUUUGGUGUGCACUGUGAUUGACACUUAAACUUACAGCAAGCAAUAUGGCAGGCUGGAGGUUGUCCUUCCUCUUCCGUGUGCUCUGGGUCCAGCCAGCCAGCAGAAAAUUCACACGCACACACAAGAGAACACAGAAACAGAUAAAGGAAACUGCUUAGCUUGUCUGCUCCACUCUGAGCACAGAGGGCUAACAGAACAUUUACCGCGAUUGUUUUACGACUGGGAGAGGUGGGAAAGGAGAAACUGGAAAUGUCAUCACUGCUCCCUGCAAAACCAGUGGGCAUCUUGGAGAAGAGACCAGUGCGGAGGGUACAGUGCAGUGGCUUGCCUGGGGAGGUAUCAAUGUUACUUCAUGUCUUCAUAUUCAGAAGAAAUAUUAGCUCUUCCAUGGAAAUUCUCUUUCAUGACUUUUCUGUAAUGUUUGUGUCAGAUAUAAAGACAAGAAGUGUUUGAUAACUGGAAUAACGUCUGUCUGUUUGAUAGUGCUUUGUAUGAACAAAGGAUUUUCCUGUUCAUCGGGUGUUGGAUUGAAAUAAUCCAAAGCUAAACUUUUAAAAUAAAAUAUGAUUUUAGGUGACCAGUCUUAACAGUUUCUGAAGCUCUAACCUUUUAUGUUUUAUCUCCCUAGUUGGGAAUGGAGCAGUGUGCUUUACCAAUCGCUAAAUUUCUGCCUCUCUAAGGUAAUCCAAAGGCUCGCAGUUUAUAAGCUGUACGUUUGUUCUUCAUGUCAGAGCAGUGGAACAUGAUCAGACUCUCUCACUUUAUCUGUACUGGUUAUUUUGUUGCAAUGAAAGUGAUUAAAAUAAUUAGAGUGCACUGUGACAGCAGAAAAAACAACAUUGUAUAUGUAUGUAUUUUGAUACCUGUUCAGAAAGAGUCUUUGGGUUCCUGUGCUGAAUACCUCAUGCGUUGGGUUUGGGGAGUUUCUGUUGAUUUGGGGUUUUUUUAAUAUUCUUUUUUUUUUUUAAGGCAAGAUUGUUCUUGCACAAAAGUAGGUUAAGGUAACCAAGUUCUCAUGCAUUUAUUUACUGACUCAAAGCACUUCAAGUUUUGGCAAGAAAUUCCAUCUGUUUCAGUUCCCCACCUCACACUGGGUGUGGGACAAGCAGUUGCUCGGCUGCUCACCUGUGCCCAGGGCAGAGCUUCAGCACCAUCAGGAUCAAAGAGGUUGUGGCAGAUGGAGUUUGCUGCCUUAUUUCUCUUCUUCUGGCCCUCAGACUCUCACAUUCAAUUGAGCUUUGGGGAUUUGUUAAGCAUUUGAGAGAUGUUCUUCAAUAGGAAUGAAAGUCUCCAGAUAGCACUUCAGGUCCUUCACGUGUGUGUCUCGGGUAGAGUGGAACAGUCCAUCACCUGAUGAGAUAUGUAUGGAGGGAACACUUGGAAGAGAUGGUGCCUCAGCAGGGCAUGGUUAGAAUCACAGAGUCAUAAUGGUUGAAAAAGACCUUUUAACAUUAUCUAGUCCAACCACUAACAUCACCCUGCCAAGCCCAUCGCUGGUUUGCCAGUGAGGAUGGAAAAACAACCCUUGAGACGGUUCCAUGAUGUGCAGCAGUCCGGGCCAUGUCCCGUGGAGGGGUGAGCACAGGCCUGAGGUGGAGCACAAGAGCAGUCUCUGCCUGUUACCCCUUGAGUGGAAGCGUGGAGUGAGCCUGUCUUGAGGCUGAGUAUAGAAGGGUAGAUAAAUGCCUCUACACAGUGGCCUGUGAACCAGGAGCUAGGAAAACUGCUUUAAAAAGAAACAAAAACUGAAAGGAAACCAGAAGCAUGUGGACACUCCCAUUCCUAAUGAGCCUGUCCAGACCAGAAAAUGAGUGUAACAAGCUGGGGACGGUUUUAUUUGGAGAUUGAUUGAUUGAUUUUAGUUUUCACAAAAACAAGGAUUGUUCUUGUGGUCUUUCCUGGCCUGGGCUGCCCUCUCCCAGCUGCAGCUCCAGCCCCAAGGCUGUUCUAGCGCGCACAGGUACCACUUGAGGCCUUGGUGCAAGGCAGGUUGUGUUGUGGGUCAGCAUCGCUCCGGGCCAGAACCUCCUGAUCUGGGGAACGCCAAGCACUGCCCAGCACUCUGCACUGAGCUUUGGGGUUUGACCUUACAUAUCACUUUCCAAGAUAACCCUUCCUCCUGAUCAGCUCUCUGCUUUGGGUCUCUGUGUGGGCAACAACCUGGUACUUGAAAAAAGGUGAAAAAAAUAUUUGACCUUCUGCUUCUCAGGCACCCGGGCUCUGGGGCUGGAUGGGCUCUGGGAUGGAUGAGCUCUGGGGCUGGAUGGGCUCCGGGCUGGAUGGGCUCUGGGAUGGAUGAGCUCUGGGGCUGGAUGGGCUCCGGGAUGGAUGGGUUCUGGGGUGGAUGGGCUCCAGGCUGGAUAGGCUCCAGGAUGGAUGGGUUCUGGGCUGGAUGGGCCCCACUGCCUCUGCUGACUGCCUGCAUACAAAGCAGAGCAAUUAUUUCCCAGGCUUGGUUUUAGAAGUCUGUUUUGGUGGAUCUAGAGAAGCCAAAACGGCAACUCAAGGCCUGGAAAAUGUAAGGCUUUCUGGGUUUAGGGUUUUUUUUUCCCAUUACGUGUUGUGCUUCGUAUAAUGUAGUUGGAGAGAGUGUUGUUUUUCAACAAUGGGCCAAAACAGAGAUGAAGGCAGAGAGGGAGGCCAGCUCCCUACUAAUACUUGAUAUACCAACCUUCAUACAGGGUAAAUAUUUAGCAGUUUGUAGCAGAAAUAAUGGAUGGCCUCUUCCUUUCAAAGGCACUGUAGUAACCUUCCUUUGUAAGCAGACUUCAACAGCCUUUCUCUCCAGGCAGAGUCUUGCAAUUUGAAUCCCUGAAGUCCAACUGGGUUGGACUCAUGAGUGUGCCAAACUGCUGGAGCAAUACUUCUGAGCAGCAGGUUCCUCAACAGACCAGCUCGAUGUAGCCAAAACAGGGCAAUUACUGAAACCCAUCUCUGCUAUGUUUGAAAGGUUCACGGUGAUGUCGUGGUGCUGCUGUAACGUAGGGAAGUUGGGUCUCCGGGUCUGGAAAUGUUGGUUUUCUCUUGCUCUGAAAGCACAGCCCUGCAGUGGUGGGCAAGGGCUGUGCUAGGGUUGGGAUGUUUGUUAACAGCAGUUGAUUCGUGGUGGGAUGGAAUGUUCUUGCUAAACAAGUUUCCAUUGUCUCAUGUCUUCUACACCAAUAUAUAUAUGGUGUAUAUAUUGAACUGUGUAAAGUUGUACUUUGUAUAUAUAACUCUGUACAAUAUGGAGGUACAGCCUUUUUCCUUUUGGUACAGUAUUGUACAGUAUUAGGAGUAUCUGUGUUGGAAAUGUUAAAUCCAUACUGGGACAACAAAAUGUAUCCAUUGUCAUUAGCAAUAGUUUUGGAGAAAUAAAUGUUUUGGGUAUGGUG